AUGGGAUCCCAACCACCACCAAAAUGCCACCUCCUCGAGCUGCCGGGUGAAAUCAGAAAUCGCAUCUACCGCUACAGUCUACUCGAUAGUCAGAGAAUCACAAUACCAACAUCCGGAUUCGAGGAGCCCGGUCUACUGAGCACAUGCCACCAGAUCAGACAAGAAGCAGAACCCAUCUUCGUCCUCGAGAACAAGUUCGAAGCUACCUCGAUCAACUAUCAUUCCGGCCCUCUGCUCGGACGUACGAAGAAAUGGAUCCGAAUAACGCGUCAGUACAAGCAGCCACCGUCCUGUGGAACCAACUACACAGGAUCACCGAGUUGGCCGAACUACCUCACCUGGAUGAAGAGACUGCACGGCGGCGAGGUGAUGAUGUGUAUAUCAUCAGACUGGGGCUUGCAAGAUGCCGGUCUACUUGGAGUCGAGCGACAACUGCUGGCUACCAUUGCAGAUUUCGUUUGCAAUAACAAGGGCAUUCGGAGCUGGGAUACGAUCGAGUCUCACAUUGAGCGUCUACACAUCACGCUCAAGACUGCCAACCCACUGUGGACUUGA